CAUGUGGUUUGUUUUUCGUGAGAAUAUUCAUGCACUGGCAUAGUCAGGAGCUGUCCUACGUGUAGAGGAGUGGGACACCUACUGACCUACUUAAUGGCUGCUAUUGCCUCAUAAAAGGAUGAAACGAGUUAUCGAUAGAGUAAAGUCGACGAAAACUAUAUAUAUGUGAUCGUAUACAUUGCUAUAAUUAAUUACCGUUUAAGACCUCUACUGUAUAUCCCUUCUAAUUACAAUGAUUCCUUAUCCCUUUAAAUUACUGUAUAUCCAUAUUGGCUACCUUAACAAACAAAAAAAAAUGCAGAACACUUGUUAGCUUGGAGUUUAGAAUUAAUUUUAGAACAUACCUAUAAACAAAAUUUGCAACCACCACGUCAGCAUCAUGUAACUUAAACUUUCAUACAUGAUUUUAUAGUAGGUUGAGUUCAAUCAUUCAAACCUCUGUUAAGGUAUGAGAAUAUGUCUUCAACUUAAUUGUCAUUUUUUUUGGAAUAAACUUAUGAAAAUGACAUAUUAAAAACCACAGUUUAUCUUAAAUUAAAUGAUCCAUCAAUUCCAAAAAAGUAAAAAUAAAAAUUCAAAAACAUUUUUUACAACUUUUGUAGAAAAUAAAUAAAAUGAAAUUAUUAUUUUUCUACUUUUAUUCCAUCAGUCACAUUCAUGUUUAUUUAAUACUUAUUCAGAUUUGGGGGAUAAUCAACUUGGAUAUAUUAUGGAUCAGUACACCUUAAAUUUCAUUAGACAUGUCAUGCUAUUAGGUAUGUAAAUGAGCUAGUUUAGUACAUAGAAAAUGCAUACAUCACACUAUAUACAAUAAUUGAAAUUGUUGAAUACAAGAGUAUUAUACAAGGAUUGAAUAGAUGAUAUUAUAUACAAGGAUUAAUGAAUCAAAUAGUUAACAUGCAGAAUAUUAGGUUGAUUGCAUUGUAGAUAUAUAAUAAACACUACUGGGGUUUGAUUAUAUCUUGAAAAUUUAUUUGUAGAUCCAUCCUAAAUGUUGGCCUGCUCGGAUAAGUGCCAAGAAAAUUAAUUAAUGAGCAUCAAUUUGGAGCAUUUUCAGUGAUGCAAAUGUUACUUCAUAGCUAUAAAUGCAACCGUGAAAAAAAAAAUCCAGGUUCACCUUUUGGAAUCAGUUUUCUGGAGAACCUGGAAUAUAAAACAUGAUUAAUGGCAAACGGAUCAGAAAUUGAUAGAAAAUGUUUGGCUUUUUAAAGAAGACCUACUAAUUGCUACAUAAAAAAUGCGACUUUACAAAUCUCUUAUAAUUCUUUCUCAGCCAUUUAUAACCAAUCUUCUACGUGGGGCUUCAGAUGGCCACAUGCUUAUAACCCCUACUACUUGUGCUCACGAAUCUCUUGUAUAAAUGAGCAUCAAUCAAUAGUGGAAGCUCUUAAUUUGAGUGUAGGGCGUUAAUUUAGGGUUUCAUCAAAUAUACAGAAAGAGAUAUGGGUGAUAGUUCUCCCGCUGCAUACAUUCACAUGGUGCAAUACAUGAUAGAAAAAUGUUUGAUAUUCAACAUGAACAAAGAGGAAUGCAUGAAAGCUCUUUCUGAGAAUGCAAACAUCAAUCCCGUCAUCACCUCCACUGUGUGGAAGGAGCUGGUGAAAACGAACAAGGAAUUCUUCGAGGCUUACGAGCGGAAGCAUACAAAAAAUGAGUCAAUGUCGGAGGAAGAGACAGACGAGAUGAUCCAGAAGAUCAUCUCUGAUUCAUCAGACGACUAAAUGUGAUACUUCUUCAAAACCACCUCUCCAUGAUGAUAUGUAUUUACAUUUAUAUAUGUUCAUCUUUUUGUUUCUUUCUCUACGUCAGUACAACAAUAAUGACAUCAAAACUGAGAGUGAUGGUGAUCCUUUUACAGUACAUAAAUACUCAUCUCUAUAAAGCCUUUUUAAGUUGUAUGUGUGUAUUUACGUAUAGCAUCUCGACCAUCUUUUUUUUUUUGUCAGCAGCAUCUCGACCAUCUAAUUCAAUAUAUACAUCGAGCUAUAUCGUUAAACAAAAUUAUGCGUUGCGAGAAGUGACCUAUAGAGCUUUUUGUCAGAUUCUGAAUGUUAAAGUAAAAAAAAGAAUAUGAUGAAAGUGACAGAUUUAACCACACAGUACUAUGAAGAAUAUGAAAAACUGGAGACAGGAAUGAAUAGGCAACAGAAAAGAAAUUACACAAUUUAUUUCAGAGAAGAAAUUACACAAAAGGUAUGAAGAGCCAUUCCAAGUUUUUUUAUGAAACUUUUAUGAUAAUGAGUAACAUGCAUCCAUUACAUACCGAUUCUGGAAUUUUAGUUUAGAAACUAUAAACAAUUCUUAGCAAAAAAAAAAAAACUAUAAACAAUUC